AUGGCUCAGCAUUAUCACAGAAUUUUAUCGGCUUAUCAUUGAUAACAUGGUGAUAAACAACAGUCAGUGUGCGCCCGUCGUCGCUUCAAGUCAACAAUGGUGCCACCUUGAUUAAAAUGGAACAAGAGACCAUCAUAAUAGUAAGCGUGUUGGGCGCGGCGUGGGCAGUCCUGCUCAUCAUCACCUUGGUGCUGUGGAGCCAAGUGGCCAAGCUGCGCCGGGUAGUGGCUGAGAUGCAGGCCACCGGCAGAAUCCGGGUGCAGAAACUGAAGAUUAACUCGGACAAGAACCACGCGUUCCACAACCCGGCGCUGUCUCCCGAGGAGGAGCUGUCUCGCCGAGGGUACUCCAUGUACCAGCACGACGACGUCGAGGCCGACCCGCACGAGCACAGGGAACGGGAACGGCAGACGGGCGGGGACUUCAUAGAGGACCUGACGCGCGAGCUGGAGUCGCGCCAGCAGCGACCCACGACAGCUCCGCCGUUCCUGCUUCAGAGCAUCGAGGAAAACAAGCGGAAGACUCGCUCCAUGAACCCCAUGGCUAAUGGACGCCAGAGUGAAACGAAUCCCAAUUUCAUCUACUAAGUUUUAAAAAGGCUUUUGUUUACUUUCAAUGAUUUACUGUAUUGCUGCCUUUCUUAGCCUCAUACAAGGAGCCAUUGCUUAAUGAUUGAUCUUGAAAAAUAGACAUAUUGCAUACGGCAACCUGUGCGAGCGCCUAGCUAGGUGUCAGUCGAAUCAAAUAAAUCGCUUGGUUCUUGGCGAAGCGUUCUUGGCCAGGCUGAAUUCGAGGUUCCUUGUGUAUGGCCUUUCGAUUUUGCGAGUUUGAGAAUAUAUCAAGGAUCCAUUUUACAGCCAGAUUUUAAAAUGUGUAAGCUUUUGUAACUUCAGCUGCUGCAACAAUUGAAAAUGAGGCUACUGAUCUACACAUUCAAAAAAAAAUUAUUACUUUACAGAUGGACACUGCUGGUGUCCAUCUUUUUAGUUCAUUGGCAGAAGUUUUCGCUGUAAUAAAUAGUGAAACAUACCUACUCCAAUUUACACAUUACUAUUAGAAUGAUAUAAAAAUACAUAUGAAAUUAUAACAAAAAGCAAUCAGCUGAUAAGCGGGUGAUCCAACAAAAAAUGGAGUAGGUAUAUUUCAUGAUGUUAAGUAGUAAGCAAUAUUUGGGGAUAUUUAUAAACAAUUGGUCACGGCUAAGCGACGAGGACGCAAAAGUCGUUUAGCUGUUGAUUAAUUGUUCAUCUGUGAGUAAAAAUGCAGUAGUUAAUCUUUUAGACGAUUUUCGUUCAGAAAAUUUUGUCAAAAAAGAUUUUUUUUUUGUAAGUCAUAAGAUAUUUCUAAUGAUAAAGUAAGUUAAGUGUGAUUA